UGCACGCGGAAGAAGAUUGGCGUCCUCCCUUCUGUCACCUGGCUCUCUUCAAAGCGGAAAUUUCGACCUAGAGAGGACUGCGAGCAGAGAAUGGUGCUCAAGACACCGUCAGAUUAUGGGUGCGAUGUGAUGCGACGAGAUGCCGGGGAGACGUGACGCGCGCUUAUCGGCGGCGCUCGAUUUGGUUGUGUCCAUUUUUUAUGUGCAUUUCUGCUCUCCAGUAGUUUAGACCCGAGGGUAGGAGAGAUCGAAGGUUUAGUUGUUGCUAGUGAUGGUGGAGGUGGAGGUGGCGGGCCCCAGAAUAGAUUGUGGCAGAAACCGGCCUGGAGCCGCUCGACUCUCAUCUGUCUGCUUGCUUGCCCACGAGUGCUCUGGGCUGACAUGGGUUUUGUCUCGAGCGGAGCCAGUGGAUCUUGGUCUAGCUCUUCGUGUUUGCAUUUGCAGAUUCUGAGCCAGUGAAGGCCCCGGCGAUUGCAAAUUUGAAAGAUCCGAACAGUCUUCCGCCCUCCUGCUUCCGUUCAUCCUCUGCAGAGAAGAGGAUAUUCGAGGUUCGACGCGUGUUUGCUGCUGCUGUGAAAGGUGGGGAAGUGAGUGGCCCUCCGAAGAACUGAAAGGAAUCGAAGCAGGAGGGACGAAAUCCAAAGGGCCGCCAUGGGGUUCGAGCUCGCGGAAAGUACUCGGCUGGGAUUUAUCGGGGCGGGUCAAAUGGCAGAGGCCAUCGCUCGGGGUUUGGUCAAUAAAGGCGUAAUUCCUGCACAUCGCAUCACUACUUCGGACAUCAGUCCGAGCCGCCAAAAAGUUUUCCAAGGAUUCGGCGUGUCAGUGCAGCCAUCUAAUGCCGAUGUGGCUGCAAACAGCGAUGUGCUCAUCGUCGCAGUCAAGCCACAAUACGUGCCGGUUGUGCUAUCGGAUGCGAGUUCUCAGCUGACGAAGAAUCAUCUUGUAGUGUCCAUCGCUGCGGGUGUCGCACUAAAAGAUUUGGAGUCUUGGGCUGGAGGUGCGAGAGUGGUGAGGGUUAUGCCGAAUACUCCGUGUUUAGUCGGUGAAACCGCAGCAGCGCUCAGUCCCGGUACUUUGGCUACAACGGAGGACGUAGAGCUGGUCAAGGGAUUAUUUUCAGCCUUGGGGCAAAUCCACGUUGUCAAAGAGAGUCUUCUGAAUGCCGUUACAGGCCUCAGUGGAAGUGGGCCUGCUUACGUGUUUAUAGCCAUCGAGGCUCUGGCCGAUGGCGGAGUGGCCGCGGGACUUCCGAGAGACGUCGCGCGUUCGUUGGCUGCACAAACGGUUUUGGGAGCAGCCAAGAUGGUGAUUGAGACGGGAAAGCACCCCGGGCAGCUGAAAGACGAGGUGGCUUCACCUGCAGGCACAACAAUUGCAGGAAUUCAUGAACUGGAGAAGGCCGGAUUUCGUGCGGCUCUGAUGAACGCCGUAAUUGCUGCCACCAAGCGCGGUGACGAAAUGUCAGGCUGAGUUUUUUGAGCAAGUCGUGUGAGAAUUUAGGGUUUAGACGUAGAUUUGUCUAGCCACGUUCAAGGAGGGUUCGGAUCGGGUUAGAGGUACAACGUUGCUCUUCAGUUUGGCAGGUGAAGAUGGCAUUAUGGUCAGGCUUUUCCGUACACAAGAAUGUUCUCGUGGGUGAUGUUCUGAUCAAGUUUUGGUCUGGGAUGAUGAAUAUUAAUCAAAGACUCAGUGGUUUCAACAGCAUGUCUCAAAUUCUGUAAGCUAUUUUGGUUCAUGUUUCGUUUGGUGGAAACUAUAAGGAUGUAUCUCACAUGUAAACGAAGUUAACAACGUAGAUAUUUACAUGUAUUGGCGAGUACUGUGACGUAUCAUCACUAAACGUUAACAUGUGCGCUACGAUUCGAUCAGUAAAGCAACUUGGAGCUUGAG